CAGAUCUUGCUCAGAAAUACAGGAAAUUAUGUCGUCGGUAUGGUUACAAAAACAGAGUGGAGCAUUUCAUUGCUCAGUCGGGUGUGUAAGAAAACGUGGUCAAUACCAAGACCAGGAGGUGCCACUUUUCACACUGCAAUGAUCAGACCAAUUGACACAACACAGACACAAAAACUGGGGCACAAGAAGUUGAUUUCAUAACUGACCCCAUGGAGAUAGAAGUAGAUUCAAACACCACCCACAAUGACUCAGACACCUGUACCAACCUGUAUGACCAUCGUGACUGGGCACAGUAUUUCCUGCCUACAGUGUAUUCUCUGAUUUGCAUUGUGGGUCUAUUGGGCAAUGUGUUGGCAUUGCAUGUCAUCUGGCCUAAUUUAAAAAAACUCAACUCCACAACUCUGUAUUCUGCCAACCUGGUGGUGUCGGACAUCUUGUUUUUGCUUGCUCUGCCCUUGCGUACGGUUUACUAUGCCAAGGGGUUCCACUGGCCAAUGGGGGAGGGUUUGUGCAAAGCCGUGGCGCUGCUGUUCUACAUCAACAUGUACGCCGGUGUCAACUUCAUGACUUGUUUGAGCGUGGACCGUUUUAUUGCAGUGGUGCUGCCGCUGCGCUUCUCCCGAUUCCGAAGGGUUCAGAAGGUGCGGUACAUCUGUGUUGCCGUAUGGGUCCUCGUAUUGAUGCAGACCCUGCCUUUGUUGUCGAUGCCCAUGACGAACGUGGAAAAAAGUGGUCACAUAACGUGUAUGGAAUAUCCCAACUUUGAGAAGAUUGACAACCUGCCUGUCAUGCUCAUCGGUGCCGUGGUGCUUGGCUUCGGCAUCCCUGUGAUCACCAUCCUGGUGUGUUAUUCUGCACUGUGCUCCAAGCUCCGCCUCCUGGCCAAGUCUAAUAAAUUGACAGAGAAGUCGGGUCGUAGUCGCAAAGCCAUCGGCGUGAUUUGCGCUGUCAUUCUUGUGUUUGUGGUGUGCUACACCCCUUACCACGUCGACCUUCUGCAGUACAUGAUCAGAAAGCUGCGGUAUAAGCCAGACUGCUCAGAACUGCAUGACUUUCAGAUCUCCCUUCACAUCACUCUCUGCUUAAUGAACCUUAACUCGUGUCUGGAUCCCUUUAUCUACUUCUUUGCCUGCAAGGGAUACAAGAAGAAGGUACUCAAACUGCUCAGGAAACACGUGAGCAUGUCCUUCUCGAGUGUGGUCAGGACGUCGCCUGAAGGCUCCUCCAAAGACGUGUUUGCUAAUGACAAAAUCCAUAUGAGCUCCAGAAGCACUCAAAAAGAGAGGAGCAGUGUGCUGUUGAGCACCAGCAAUGGUUUUGAAUAAUAAACAACAACAACAACAAAUGCAGUUCACUGUCUAUAUGAGACUGUUUCUUACAUUGGGAUUACUUUUUACACACUGUUCAAGUUAUUGUUUCAGAUGGUUGUUAAUAUUUUGUUUUGCUGUUUAAAGAUUAUUGCACAUUUGUCCUACAUAUUGCAGUUCAUUUGAGUGAAUUUGUUCUUAAUUUUUUUUUAAUUGAUAUUUUGAAUAAUAAUAAUAUUAAAGCUGCAAGCAGUGAUGAAAGGGUUUUCGUACCCGGGCUCACUGCCAUCUGAUGGCUUCAAAGAGACUGGGAACAGUGAGCAAUAUGCAUUUAAAGAGGCAAAUAUAAAAGGAAUGGGUCAAAGUAAUUUAUAUGUGCCAAACUUCCUGAUGCCAGCUGGUGGAGCUAUGUCUAUAACUGAACAUUGGCAUGCAGAUGUCUUCAGACCAGUACUUUUAUUAAACAUAUGAAGUUUGGUGCAGAUUGAACAUUGUAUAAUUAAGUUAGUAUAAAGCAUGACAUAUCAUGUUGUAAAUAGGUGGCCCUAUGAUUAUAUCUGAAUAUUGGCCAUUAGAUGUCUUCAGACCGGAACUCUUACCAAAUAUGUGAAGUUUGGUACAGAUUGGACAUUGCAUGUUUAAGUUAAUGUAAAACAAGUCAUUUCUUGAUAACAGAAGGUGGCGCUAUGAUGAAUUGGAAUUGUGAUGGGAUAUUGGCAUUUAGAUGUGUCCGGGCCUGGACUCUUAUUGAACUUGUGAAGUUUGUGGUAAGUGAGUUAGAGUUAGAACAACUUCUAUUCCCAUAGCGAAACAUUGAACUUUGUCACGCUGCCACGGACACACCCUUUAAUAAAACUCGAGAUCUUCAGAAUUUAACACCACAAAGACAUUUAGAUUAGACUGAAAAAUAAAAUUAUGUUGAUGUCA